AUGUUUGCAGAUGUGGUUGCCAGUGGAGAUUGCAACAUAAAGCCAAAUGAAAUAGAAAGGAUGAUGUAUUCACAAACUAGUAUAAACUUUAGAGUUGCUGAGAAAGUUCCCUUACUUUACUCAGCUUGGAAUGAUUUACCAACUAAAUUUAUAAAUCGGGAAGGUGAGUUCUCACAAAGUGCUGGCUCGGGUAGAUCAAAUGUACCAAACCCUCCUCACUUGGAGAACUGCAAGUUGCGUGCCGAAGUAGACCAGCAUCUCGAUAACCGUGUUGAGAAUGAGAACUUCCCUCCAUGGACUAUCUGGAAGGGAAUGUUAAAUAACUUCCUCUUAGUAUCGACUGAUGAGCAGCUGAGGCACUAUAGGCAUCAAGCCAUGUCCGAAGGUGCUUAUCCACCCUGGAUCACGGGAUCAGAUGAAGAAAAUUAUCCCUUUACGAGGAAAGUGCAACGCGACAUUUGGCUCCAUCAGCAUCCAUUGAACUGCAGUGAUCCUAGUGUUAAAUUUCUAGUUGCUGACUGGGAGAGAUUACCCGGAUUUGGUAUCGGCGCCCAGUUUGCUGGAAUGUGUGGUCUUCUUGCCAUUGCAAUGAAAGAGAAUAGAGUACUUGUUACAGACUACUACAAUAGGGCUGACCAUGAUGGUUGUGAAGGUCUGUCACGCUCUAGUUGGUCUUGCUACUUCUUUCCAGAAACAUCUGAAGAAUGCCGUCACCAUGCUUUUGAGCUUAUGCAGAGAAAAGAAGCAUGGGAAAAAGGAAUUAUAACAAGAAAAGACAAUUAUACUUCUAAAGAAAUAUGGGCUGGUCGAACUCCUAGGCAAGCUGUUGCACAUCUUCCUCGUUAG